AUGGCUACCACCGCCGGUAAACCAAUCAUGGCGCCAAAGCCAGGAAGCAGUGCGCCCGGAAACAAUGCGUCUAUUCGUCUUGAGAAGGGCAAUCAAGGCAUAAGACGGUCCACCCCAGACUCCGAAGCUCUGACUUCCUCCGACGACGAGUUGGAUCAUCGCCAGGGCCCUACCUCUACCAACGCGCCUCUCUCGAAACCAGUCCGUCGCACAUCCUGGCUCAAUGAAGUGCCGCAAAACUUACCACGUAGAACCUCCAUUACUGCUUCGGGAUCUCUUGCACCUGUCGGUAUAAAUACCCAAUCUCCAGAAACCGAGCAGACCAGCUGGGGUGCCAACGCCAGCCCUGGUGUGAAUAGUUCGGUUUCUUGGGGCCAUGGAGGCAGUUUCCCUUGGGCUACGGGAAUUUGGACUGCAGACAAUCGCAAGGAACCCCCGCCUCGCCUCACUGAGCUGAGCCAAUCACCGACGAUGCCUAAUAUGCCCAACACCAAUUUCAACGAGGAAAUUCUCAGUCCAACAACUGCACGAUCAAUGGCCGGUGAUUCUUCAAUCCCCUUCAAUAUUCCUCUCCAUCCUACUCCCAAGACAUACCGCUCCCAGUCCUACUCUGUCGGCCAACUGGACCCGGAAACUGUCAAGUUGAUGGCAAGCAAAGUGCCAAGCAACCCCAACGCUUCCCGCGGAAGGGCUGGCAAUCAGUACCCAGGACUUCAGCAUCGUCCGUCACGGCCUAGUUUGUUGGAGGAUUUGGGCCAUGACCCAGCACUCCUUGGCCGUGUGCGCGAGGAUGAAGAUGACGAAGAAGAAGCAGAGGAAAAUAAUAUCGAUUCGAACGGCUCUCAUUCGUAUGCGGCCAGUCAAGCCCGAGCUAUCGACCAGCUAGCCAGAGAGAAUGCUUUGCUGCGGCAGACUGCCCAUUUGGAAGGUGCCCGCAUGAGGGAUCGUACCAUGUCUUCUGCUUCUGCUAACAGCAACUACUCGCUAAGCGGUGGUAUGCACAAUUUGCACCGCAUUCGUGGCGGUGUCCCCGAAGAGGUAGAUCUUGCUGUAGAGGACCAAGAUGAAUUGGGAAAUAUUCCUCCUGGUUAUGGCAAUGUUCGCAACAGCGGACGACGAAGGAUGUCAGAGCAUUCUGUUAACAUCGAAAAGCACACUCCUCCCUUUGGAUCUGUGGAGAACAGACCGCUUGAAAGUCUGAGACGGGCACACUGGCAGACAUCUUUGGGGUUUGGCAGCAUUGGUGAAUUGCCACAAAGCCGGCGCCACUCAUUUGCGGAUAUUCCGACGAGACAUGGCUCAAUUAGUGACGGCCAGGCUCAUAUGGGAGCAUUGAAUGGCCGAGCAAGCCUCGUUGACCGGGAGGAUGGCUAUUCCAAUGUCAUUGAUGGAGGGCUUCAUGCAGCUGCCCCCGACAAUCUGUCGAGCUCUUUGCAUCAAUCAUACAAUGUGCCUGCAGCCUAUGGCCGUCCUCAGCCGGGUUUAACCCCAUCUCACCAGAGCCAGCGUCUGUAUAUCGUCACGUUCAAGUGUCACCGCGCCGAUGUUUUCUAUAUCCAGGAAGAUACCGGUCUUCAAGUGAACCCCGGCAAUCUUGUGAUCGUCGAAGCAGACCGCGGAACAGACCUCGGGACCAUCCAGCACGCCAACGUCACCUGGCAGGAAGCAAGAGAGCUGAAAGAAAAGUAUGCCGAAGAACACUACAAGUGCUUGAUGAUGUUCUCUCGCCAGGCACAAAACGGCGCAACCAAUGUAGUGAGUCCCAGCAUCGGCCAUCGCAGCGCUGUUGGUGGGAUGAACCCAACCGGUGCUCAUGGAGCUCACGAGCCUCAAUCGACGGAGAUCAAGCCAAAGUUGAUCAAGCGCCUCGCCCAGAAUCAUGAGAUCUUGACCCUUCGAGACAAAGAGGGCAACGAGGCCAAGGCCAAGCGUGUCUGUCAGCAAAAGGUUGUCGACCACAGACUCAACAUGGAAAUCCUCGACGCAGAGUUUCAAAUGGAUUGGAAGAAAUUGACAUUUUACUAUUUUGCAGACUCCUACAUCAACUUUAACUCGUUGGUUACGGAUCUGUUCAAAAUCUACAAGACCCGGAUUUGGAUGUCUGCAAUUAAUCCGGCUUCUUUUGUUACUCCUUCCCCUGGACUGUCUGCACCCGAGCCAGCUGGAUUGAACUACAACCAAAACUCAGUGGCAGACCGUCGCCAUGCUCAUGAAAACCGUGCCUACAAUGUUUCGCAGAUGCCCCCGGGAUCUGGGAAUCUGCGUGACGCUGUGGAACGGGCAGACUUGGGUAACACUCAUGCUGGCAUGAUUCGUAAUGCUUACAUGGACCACUAUAACCAAGCAUUUGGCUCUGCUGCGGCUCGGCAUCACGAGCCGGGCUUUGGACAUAACAUGGCAUCUAAUGACCCAUUUGCCUCUUACCCCUCGAGUACAUAUGGCCUUUUGGAAACCUCAACUCCUGAGUUUCUUGGUGGUGCCCCACAUCACCAUGGCCACCAGCAGAUGCAUCCCGCCCGUGGAGACUGGGUUGAAACAUUCCAGGGCCUUUCGCUCGGAUCGUAG